AUGAUAUUUAAAAACAAAGUCACACCCUCGCCACCCCUCUACUCGGAUAAAUAAAGCACAGUCCCUUAAAUGUACAAUUUCAGUACAUUUGACAGAGCAGGAAGUUACUGUGGGACAACAGCUGGUUUAGAAAACACUGAGCCAAAUGCGAUCCGUGUCACAACAUUAACAGCCGUAAGUUACACAGUUAAGUGCUUUAGUUCACUUUAGUUCAUGUUGACUGAAUGCCAUGGUGUUGCUGACUGUUCUCACAAAUAUGCUUUGUACAGCGCCAGCCUCGUGCCCAAAUAUGGUCACCUCUAGCUCCAAAAAACCAUGAUGGCGACGGUCAAAACAACACUCCACAAACCAAUAGGCUGCACUGAUCUGACCAUCUGGAUUUCAGGCAACGGGAAAAUGCCCGUUGAACAUGGAUAAACCUCAGCGGAUUAUGUUGCAUUUUCAUCUCUUUAUCCUGCAGGAGUAACACCACUGGAUGAGGGUGCUGCUGAGAGAUGAGAUGUGUCCAUCCCCAGCUGGAAGGAUUUUCCUGGAUGGCACAGUAUUUUAAAAGUGGCGCUCAACACCCCCCCGCCCCCUCUCUCCAAACCCAUCUGGCCCAAGCCUGUCACCAGCAAUACAUCACGUUAAUGAAAUGGCAGCAGCCCAAUUCUAUCUGUCAUAAGCAAUCUGCAUCUGCUGAGGAACUGAACGGAAAUGAGGAAGAGGGAUAAAAGUCAGAGGAAGGCAGAGAGACUUUGUGUCCCCCAAGCAGAUGAACUUCAGCACAAAUGCCCAUUGCGGCAGUCACACUAGCAAAGAAAACAUUCCACCUUCAAGCAAAACGGAUGCAUCGCAGGUCCAGAGAGCCAAGCAGCGGACAGUCCUCGGUGUGUUGUCGGACAAUGAGCAGCGUGGUCGAUCCUUCAGCCAGGGGGGCCAUUUUUCCAAACACAGUUCGAUCUCCGACAGCUCCCAGCUCACCUUCCUCGGCCAUCCCUCCAGUUCCAGCUUCGAUGUUUAUGUCGAAGAAGCUUGUGAAGUUGUUCUUGCAGCUUCUGGUCAAGAGGUGGUCUCGGACAGCUAUUACUUAGAUGCAGAAACUGAUGCAAUGCAAAAUGAAGAUUUGAGACUCCUGCUGGACCUGAGUACAAGUUUGUGCCAGGAUGUUUCUAUGCAGUCUGACACAGACAAAUCCCUGAUGUCAGAGGAGGUGCUGCGUGUUUCCGAGUAUACAGAGGAUAUUUACCUGCACUUGAGGGAGAGUGAAGUGAGGUCCAGGCCAAAGCCAGGCUACUUAGAGAAACAUCCAGAGAUCACCAACGGCAUGAGGGUUAUCCUGGUGGACUGGAUGGUGGAAGUCGUCCAGGAAUACAAGCUUCGUACUGAAACUCUGCACCUUGCCGUCAACUAUUUGGACCGCUUUCUUUCCUCCAUAGCGUAUUUAAAACGGAGCAAGCUGCAGCUGGCCGGCACAGCUGCAUUAUUGAUCGCGUCAAAAUAUGAGGAGAUCUUCCCUCCCGAGCUGAACGAGUUUGUGUACACCACAGACAGCACCUACACCAAGGAGCAGCUGGUCCACAUGGAGCACGUGUUCCUAAAAGUGCUCUCUUUCAAAGUGGCAGCCCCCACUGUAAACCAGUUCCUUCGCCUUUUCAUGUCCAUCCACUCUGUCUGUGCCAACACUGAGAACCUUGCCCUGUAUGUGGCAGAGUUAAGCCUGCUGGAAAUCGAUCCAUUCCUGCAGUACACCCCAUCUAUAGUGGCAGCUGGAGCCUACUGCCUCGCCGCCUACACUGUGAACAAAUCUCUCUGGCCAGAUUCCUUACAAGCCUUGACUGGUUACACCACGGCUGAGAUUGUCCCCUGUCUGACUGACCUCCACAAGCUAUACAUCAGUGCAGAGAGUCACCCGCAACAGGCCGUCAGGGAUAAGUAUAAGAGUUCAAGGUAUUGUCGUGUGUCAUUGAUCACUGCACCUGCUGUUCUGCCUUUUCCAUGAAUAACUGCCCCACCCGUCUUCCGAUGCUUCUGCCAGAAUCUAAUUAGACUGUGAACAAAACAAACACACUUGAUUCUACUGCCAAUCCCACAUGUGCUUCGCUCCUCUGGACACCUAAUAACUUUGAGAUUUUUUAAUAUAGUUUAUGCAAAUACAACAAACCAUUUUUAAUAAAGCCUACAUCGUGACUGAAGAAAUUUGAUACUUGCAGGUGUUCUUGUAAAAAGUUUUUAAAAGUGAUGAGUCAUCUUUUGGAA